AUGUAUGACCACCCUGUACGCCCAUCAGGGCUUCCACUUCCCAAACCUGAUGUGAUCUCCCAGCUGGAGAACGGGGAAGAGCCGUGGGUCCCAGAUCUCCAGGACUCAGAAGAACAAAGGAUCCGGAGACGCACCUGCCCAGGUGGUGGGACGGGGAGUGAGAACGGGGAGUGGAAGCUUCAGCAGACGGAUGCUGAGCAAGCGGGACCAGACAGGGUGUUAUUGCGAAGAGCCAAAGGGAAUGUGUCCAGACGUCUUGAGCAAGGACAAUCUUGUGAGAGUCGGCACAGGCCAGCGAGGCAGCGGACAAAGCAGCCAGGGGAGAAAGCGGGUAAAUCCAUCAAUUGUCAGAUAACUGAGAAAGAGCUCAAGGGAACCACAAGCCAGCAGAGAAUCCGCACAGGAGAGAGAAAAAACCCCUGCACCGAGUGUGGGAAAAACUUCCGUAGACACUCGCACCUUAUUAAUCAUGAGAAAAUCCACAGGCCAAAGAGAUCCUAUGAAUGCAGCGAGUGCGGGAAAAGGUUUACGUAUCACUCAGAACUUGUCAGCCAUCGGAGGAUCCACACAGGAGAGAAGCCCUAUAAAUGCAGUGAGUGCGGGAAGGCCUGUCGCUUGCGGGAAAAUCUUACUAGACAUCAGCGGAUCCACACCGGGGAGAGGCCCUAUGAAUGCGGCGAGUGCAGGAAAACCUUCAUUUCCCACCCACGCCUUACUCAACAUCAGAAAAUCCACACCGGGGAGAGGCCUUAUCAGUGCAGUGAGUGUGAGAAAAGUUUCAGUCAGAUCUCAAACCUUAUUAGACACCAGAAGAUCCACACCGGAGAGCGACCCUACGCCUGCGGGGCGUGCGGGAAAAGUUUCUCUCGGCAAUCGCACCUGGUUAUUCAUCAGAGAAUCCAUGGGGGAGAGAAGCCCCACGAAUGCCGUGAGUGCGGGAAAACCUUUGCAAGGCACCCACACCUUAUUCGACACCAGAGAAUCCACACGGGGGAAAAACCCUACAAAUGCAGCGAGUGCGGGAAAAGCUUCACUCAGAACUCCACCCUUCUUGCACAUCAGAAAAUCCACACUGGGGAGAGGCCUUACAGAUGCAGUGAGUGCGGGAAAAGCUUCAAUCACAGCUCCACCCUUCUGGCACAUCAGAAAAUCCACACCGGGGAGAGGCCUUACAGAUGCCGUGAGUGCGGGAAAAGCUUCAAUCACAGCUCAAACCUUAACACCCAUCAGAAAGUCCACAAGGGAAAUGAGAAACCAUUAAAAACCUUCUCCAGAGCUCACCAAUGAUUUUUUUUUCUUUAAUACUUUUCCUAAUUCCGACAUCAAGACCGUUAAGGCUGUUUGCUCCGUUUGCUUCACCAGGGGUCCUCUGCUCCCCAUGUGGCUGCCCAUUUUUGUCUUUCGCAAUUAGCCCUUCUUUGGGGUGAAUCUCGUGGUCCUUUCUGUAAACUCCAUAGACCUAUGAGUCAUGGGAAUGUGUCCCUCCUACCAGGAAUGUCCGUCUCCAGCUAGUUGACUUCACCCCAUCAACGUCCAGUCUUCCCGGGCCUUAAAAUCUAUCUUUCUAUAGCGAAUAAACUUUUAUUUUAAUGUUU